UGCUCUGGCUAAUUUUGCAGCAAUGACCCAAAUGCUGGAUUUGACCCUCUGCCCUCAAGAUGCUCAUCCUGCCUACGCCUCUCCGGCAGUCCUCAUCCCGCUGGAGCCCAGAAAAGUCAUGCUGUCUGGAGUGAAGCAUCACAUCUAUCACCCCCGCUUGCCAACGCUAAGGCAGAUGGAUAUGGACACCGCGGCCUUCAAGCUCACAGAUGAGCAUUGCAGGACAACCACCACUUGCUGCAAAGAUGAUUUUGAAAAUGCAACGUUCACCUUGGCUGGAGUGCCUACCCAGCGCCUCCCAUCCCUGGGUAUGACGGAGCUGGGCAAGUCAUUGACUGAAAAGUACCGAGCAGGGAAGAUGGCGCCUCUCUUGCCCAGCACCAACCAGGAGGAAUGGCCCAGCUACACCAGGGCUAUGGACGACUGGUCUCGCUUCGUCUCCAGUGCAGGAGAGUUCAAGGUGCCCAACUUUAGCAAAAAAGUUCUUGGGUUCAGCUGUUAUGCUGUGAGGUACUUAAAACCCGAUGUCACGCAGACCUGGCGGUACUGCCUCAACCAGAACCCAAGUUUGAGUAGAUAUGGACCAAAGCCCAUGCCUUACAACACUGUCAAUACCUACAGGAGCUUUGGAUCAGCACACAGCCGCUCUCACUAUCUCCAACCUUGGCGCUAGGAGACAGGCCACAGAAAAAGGAGCCACAUGAAUCUUCUCCUUCAGCUUUUGAACAUCCACAAGGAAUAAAUGCUAUUGGUUCAACAAGGAA